CAAGCGUUUCAUUCAAAAUAGUCAACAGGGUCGCAAGAAGGUGAAGGUGCAGGUGAAGGAAAAGGAGGCUGAACAACAGAAGAAGAGGAUCAGGGAGCUGGAGCUGACACAGCAGCAGCUGGAAGUUGCCCUUAAUAUGGAGAUCCAGGCUCGGCUGGAGGAGGAGAGGGCCAGACUGGAGCUUGAGCGGUUGCUGCAGGCUGAAGAUGAAAAGAGGAAACAUUUCCAGCUCCUCCAGGAGCAGCAACGUACAAUGCAAAACCUCAGCCCCAUACAGGAGCUGUCAGAUGGCAGUCCCGAUGAGGACACCCCCUCAGCCCUCAACUCUGCCUCUCAGGAGCUCCAGGAUCUGCAGGCAUCUCGCCAAAGAAGCCACCAGCGUCUGGAGGAGGUUCAGGAGAGGCUGAGGAAUGCCAGUCAACAUGUACGGCACUGGAACAUCCAGCUGAACCGACUGGUGACCCCCAUUACUCCUGCAGGUGCCGUAUUCACUUUGCCUCUUUGCAGCACAGACUUCUGGAACAGAGUGUUAGUAUAGUUAAUAACAGUGUAGACCAUAUAAUCUGUCAGAUAAUUGCAUUAAAAUGCUACAAAAGGCACCUACCCCCAAACAUGUCAAGAGAUUCAUUCAGUGACUUGAAUGAAAGAAUCUGACUCACCUCAAGUUAAUUAAAAUUAAAACUAAAUCUUAUUAUGAUUUAAACACGGAAAUCUUAAAACGAAAAAUAACCGCAUGCACAGUUGUUACAGGCUGCAAACAUGUUUUAUACUGCUUUGAAGUCUGGGACAGCAUCAUAAGAGACAUAACUGAUCUCACCGUAGUCCCAUGAAGACUCAAGAUGAGUGUUUUCACGACUGCCAUCUUGGUGUUUUGAAAUCAGGCAUGAUGAAUGAAGGGAAGAACUGUCUGUGAAGGUUCUCAGUCGUUCAGGUCAUCGUAGUCUAAGGAG